UCGGAAACGCCAUUUUGAUUCCUCUCCUCUUCGGAGCGAGUUCGCAGCCUCCUUCCUCCCUUCCUCCUCCCUCCUUCUUCCUCUUCUCCUUUUUUGUUUUCACUUCAUCCCCUCAUCCUCCUCCUCCUCCUCCUCGCCACCAUGUCUCGGCGCCAGCAGCCCGAACCCAACAAAGUCCUCGCUGUCAUGGAGAGCGAGUGGCAAGAUGAGGGCGGAGCCAAAAUUGAGGUGAACACGGAGGAGGUGGAGCUAAAAGAGGAGACAUCGCACAAUAAUCUGAAAGCGAUCAACGGCGUGACAGAGGGAGCCGAGGAGGUGACGAGUCGAGGAGAAACGCUGCCGAACGGAGACCGAGGGGGAGGAGACCUGUCCUCCAUCAACGCCAUGAUGUCAACGGUGAUGUCGGCCGCCGGGACCCUAAACGGAGGUGGAGGAGGAGAUGAAGGAGGGAGUGGAGGAACUUCAGCCAACUCCUCAGCUGGCCCCUCCCCCAGCCCUUCACCCAACAAAUCUCUGACCUCCGCCAUGAGAGCCCCGCCCGGUCGCAACGCCCGACGCAGCCAGGAAACCAAAGACGACAGCUCGGCCUUCAUCUGUCCUCUGUGCGAUAAGAACUGUCAGACCCAGCACCAGCUCACCAUGCACAUCCGGCAGCACAACACCGACGCCGGCGCCACGGACCACUCGUGCAGCAUCUGCGGGAAGUGCCUGAGCUCGGCGUCGUCGCUCGACAGACACAUGCUGGUCCACAGCGGGGAGCGGCCGUACAGGUGCAGCAUCUGUGGACAGACCUUCACCACCAAUGGCAACAUGCACAGACACAUGAAGAUUCAUGACAAAGACCCAGCAAGCGGUCUGGUCCCCAUCAGCAGCCCCCCCUCCCCCACCAAGCGCCGCCGCCCGUCUGUCAAACGGCGUCAGGGUCUGGAGGAGGAGAACAUGGACGAGCCUCCCACUAAAAAGGUGACGGAGGACGCAGUGGCCGAGGACACAGCGGGGGUUCAGGGCGCCGAGGAGGAGCUACUGCCAUGUCCCAUCUGUUUCAAGAUCUGCAGCUCCAGACUGGACCUGGACGCCCACAUGGACACCCACCCAGACACCAUGCUCAGGUGUGACCUCUGCUGCCUUUCUUUCCGAACUCAUCGCGGUUUGUUGCGUCACAACGCGGGGGUCCAUAAGCUCCUCCCCCAGGACCCGAACGGACGCCCCUUCAUUCAGAACAACCCCUCCAUUCCCACCGGCUUCAAUGACCUCGCCUUCAUCGACUUCUCCUGCGAGAAGUUCGCUCACAUCGCUCAGGUCUGGUGCGAGACCAACCUGCGGCGCUGCAUUAGUAAGUUCCACCGCUUCGUCUGCGACUCCUGCGACAAGGCCUUUCCCCUUCGGUCUGCGCUGGACCGCCAUAAAACCACCUCCCACCCCGAAGGGCCCGCCGCCGAGGAGAACAAACCGAAAGAGAACGGAAACGAAGAACGUCACGACAACGAGACCAAAAACAAGCCGUCAGAGCAGGAGGACUUCAUGGAGGUUCUGGGUCUUCAGCACACUUCUAAGGUGAAGUCCGGCCCCACAGACGAUGAGAUCCACCAGGCCCACCUGGACAGCAUCAAGGUGAUUCAUGUGGAGCCCCCGAACUCCAGCCUCCCCCUAGAGCCUGCGUCCGCUUACCUGUCCGAAGGUCUGGUUCCGGUGUUGGGUUUAGGCGGGCUGGCUGCUCUGAGCAUCCCGCUGUUGGAUGGCGCUGCUCUGCAGGGCCUGUCCCAGCGGGACGCCCUCAGCCUGCUGUCCCUGCAGCCGUUCCAGUCCGGCUUCCUGCUGCAACCCGAAGGGGGCGCGGCCACGGCUGCCGCCACUUUGCCGGCUGUCAAACCUGGGGAAGCGGGCGGCGCUGGUGUCAUGGAACUGGCCGACAUCCAGCAGAUCCGCAAAGUGACGACUGCGGCCCCCAAUCAUAUCCUGCCUCUGGCCAAGGCUCCAGGGUUCACCGGAGGUCAUGGUCUGGUCCAAGGUCAGAAGGCUAUGCCGCCAUUAAAACCCAAACCUCCCAUCAGCCCUCGCUCCAGCCUCUCGACGACCACGCCCCCUCCUCUGCAGAGCUCCCAGCAGGCCUCGCUGGGCUGCAUCAGUCCCAGCCUGCCUCCACCCACCCCCACCCUCUUCAAAAACCCCACUUCCUCUUCAGGGGGCGGGGCUCAGAUGGACGCAGAGUGUGCAAGUGACACCCACACGCCACAAUCUGAUUCGCCACCUACUGCCAUUACAGCUGUUCAAGAGGAGGCGGGGCUUAGCAGCAGGAAGGCGGGAACCAAAGCUGGGCCGAAUAAUGGCUGUAGUGCAGUAAAAGGCUCCUUCCCGUGCCGCUUCUGCGACCAGGUGUUCGCCUUCUCCGGCGUCCUGCAGGCCCACAUGCGCUUCCACCUUGGCAUCCUGCCCCACCAGUGCAACAUCUGCGACUACGUGGCACCGGACAAGGCCACGCUGAUCCGCCACCUGCGCACGCACAGUGGCGAACGGCCGUAUGUCUGCAGAGUCUGCCACUACCCCUUCACCGUGAAGGCCAAUUGUGAGCGCCACCUCCGUAAGAAGCACGCCAAGACCUCCAGGAAGGAUAUUGAGAAGAACAUUAAGUAUGUCACCUCCACCACCACUGCUAAUCUCUCCGCGCCCAUCACUGCCACCCAGGACACGGAGACGAGCUGCUCUGGCGCCGACACCACCUGCCGGUUCUGUGGUGAGGGCCUGAAGUCGUACCGUGCGCUGCAGAUCCACCUGCGCACGCACAAUGGCUGCCAGAGAAAACCAUUUGAGUGCCGACGCUGCGGUGCUGCCUUCCUGGCCAAACGGAACUGCAUCCAUCACCUGCUGAAGCAGCACCCCGAGGUCCAGGAGCGGGAGAUCGAGGACCACAUCACCACGCUGCUGCCCGCUGCCGCUGUGGCCACGGCCCGCCCCUCCGCGGUGGCUCCAAUGGCUCUCGAUGGGAUCAGCCCUCCGGUCCAGGUUCUCCAGGCCUUAAAGGUGGAGGACCUGGUUUAUCCUGAGGAUCUGGACCAGCCGCUUGAUUUUUCCGCUAAAGGUCGAGGAGGGAGCAUCGUCCAGAUGGCGCCUCCCGUCAUCAAAAUGGAAAGCUCCUCCCCCGGCUUUGACUGCUCCGCCAUGGACCAGCCCAUCGACCUGUCCAUCCCCAGCAAGCGGCUGCGCAGAGAGGCGCCGAGCAGCGGCGAGAAGGAUGGUGUCAUCACCGAGCACACUCAGUCCAAGGACAAUGAAAAGACAGCCAAUGUCCUCCCCCCUCUGCAGCCCCACCCACAGCUUGGCUGCCACCAGCUUCCUCCUGGAUCCUCUCCUCCCCCCACUCCAAUCCGAACCCCCCGCCUCAAACCGCUGCUGCCCAAACCUGCAGCUUCCACCUCCCUGCCGCUGAAGGAGCUGGCUCCUCUGGCCUCCAUCGCUCAGAUCAUCAGUUCCGUCUCCACUGGUCAGGGUCUGCUGGAGGAGAAACCGCAGCCGGUUGCCUCUCAGCUGGACUCCGACCCCCCUGCAGUCCUGGAGGCCGCGAGUGACGACGUGUCUGACGGAUCCUCCAGGCGGAGGUCCAGGAAGAAACCCGCAGCUCUUGCAGUGAAAGAGAAGGUCGUCAGCGCCGGCAUCGACCUGGAGUCCAGCGGCGAGUUCGCCAGUGUGGAGAAGAUGCUCGCCACCACUGACACCAACAAGUUCAGCACCUACCUGCAGACUGGAGCAGCUGACCUGGCAGCAAAGAGAGAUGUGGAAGGAACAGCUGGAGAAGGAGAGGAGGAAAAGGAGGGACGAGUGAAGGAGGAGGCAAAACCGGCUGUUUCAGUGUCGGCCAUGACGGUUUCUCAGCCCAAAGGAAAGAAGAACGCCUACUCCAACUCUGUGCAGAAGAUGACGUGUCCCUUCUGUCCUCGCGUCUUCCCCUGGAUGAGUUCUCUGCAGAGACACAUGCUGACUCACACCGGUCAGAAGCCGUUCCCGUGUCCACGGUGCGACGCCUUCUUCUCCACCAAGUCCAACUGUGAGCGCCACCUGCUGCGCAAACAUGGCGUCACCCACAGGACGCUGCGACGCAACGGCGCCAUCGCCAAAAAGGAGGGAGACGAGGGCUCUCCCGAGAGCGCCGAGAGCCAAUCGGAGACGGAGCAGGUUGCUCAAGAUAAUCCAGACCUCGGCAGCGCUGUGUCCACAGAUUUAAGCCCCGCCCCCAGUGUUAAUAACCCCGCCCUUCAAGAAAGCACACAGCCAAGCCCCGCCCACAAACCAAGCCAAGCAGGGUCCAGUCCAGCUGCUACAGCUCAGCGGGAAGCAGAAACCUCAGAGGAGCCGGACCAGCAGGAGGUGCCAGAGACCAAAGGAUCGCCUGAAAAACCUCCUCAGGAGGGCAGCAAGGUGGAGAACACGGACGAUGACGACUGUCACAGCAACAAGAGUCUGGACCUGAACUUUGGCAGGAAGCUCAUCGACUUUAAGCUCUCCACUUCCUCCUCAAGCUCUGCCCCUCAAGAAGAACAAACGCCCUCCUCUACCUCGGCUCCUCAGGAGCCGCUGGAGAGCUCCGAGGAGAAACCCUCAUCCUCCUGCAGCCCCACGGUGUACAAACAUGUCUGUCAGGUCUGCAGGAAGACCUUCCGCUAUGCCACCACGCUGGCCCGCCAUGAGAGGGCGCACCUGUCUGAGGAGGCUCCGCCCCUUACAGAGGAGUCUUCACCAGCAAAGGAGGAGGAGGCGGGGAAGGAGAGCAGAGCUGCAGAUGAAGAGAAGGAGGAGUUUGAGACGAUGGAGGUGGAGGAGGCCAAAGGAGCAGAGAGUGAAGGAGGAGAGCGAGGGGAGUCUGAGGAGGAGAAGGAAGAGAGGAGCGACGAGGAGGCGUCAGAACCAAAGACUGUAGAGGGAGGAGGAGGAGGGAGAGUUGACAAGAGGAAGAAGAUCUGCAACGAGUGCGGGAAAAGAUUCUGGUCCCUGCAGGACCUGACCCGGCACCUGCGGUCCCACACAGGCGAGCGCCCCUACCAGUGUCAGACCUGCGAGAGAACCUUCACCCUGAAGCACAGUCUGGUCCGGCAUCAGAGGAUCCACCUGAGGCCUCGCGGGGCUGACGGGUCCUCCGGCGCCAACGAUGACGUCAGCGAGGACGGAGACUCCCCCGCCCCCACCCCGACCUCCACCUGCCCGCCCUCUGAGAAUGAAAGCGAGUGUGGGAGCGCAGGCGCUAAGGAUCUGGAGGAGGAGGAGGUCAAGGAGGAGGCUGAAGGUCAGCGGGACGGCUCGUCCACGGUGGGGAAGGCUGCCCAAGGACCGGACCCGGGUCCACAGACCGCUUCAAAAGAGAUGGGCGGGGCUUCAGCAGCGCCACAACCCUCCACUGACUCCCCUCAGAGAGCUACUGAAUCAAAAAUGGCAGCGGACUCUUCUAAAGACCCCGCCUCCAGCUCCCCUCCAGGAGACGCCGCCUCCCUCCCCCCGGCAGAGGGCUUCAUCCAGGGGCUGCUGGAGAUCCACACCAAGCCCCCCCUGGAGCACCUCCUUCCCAACGGAGAGCCUCCUCUGGUGGGGGUGGACUGAAGGAGCGACCACCACAGUGCCAUACGACCCGCUGGUGGGGAUGGACCCGGCGGCGGAGCGGAAACCUCGUGUUCUUGAAGUGCCUUAACUACUAGUCCGACUGCGACGAGACUUUUUUUUUUUUUGCAAUAUCUUUAUCUGAUUAUUACGAGGAUGGAUCUAAUUUUAUAGCUUUUUAAGACGAUUACUAUUUUUGUGCGGGGAAUCUAUAUUUCAGCAAUAAAUGAUUAAAUGAUUUAUUAUUGUUCUAGAUGUUGUUUUGAGAAUUGAUGAUCAACUCGAGGAAGACGCCGAGAGACAGAAAUAAAAACUGGAUCGGCACCGGCAGAUCCUUCUUCCGUAUUUAAGCCUGAGCUGAGGCCGAAAACGAGACGGGACGAGGCAAAACUUUUUAUUUUUGUUGGAUAUUCAAUAUUCAACAGUUUCGGUUGAAGACUUCUUUUUUUUUUUUGUACUUUGGAGCGAGCUCGGCCGUUCGGCGGGUCGAGCCCGGUUUCACCAGCAAACAGAAGACGCUCUUUCUCAUCGGAAGUAACUGGAAAAACGUCGGCCGCUUUUCGGCUGGCCUUCGUAACGUAGCCGUCUUUGGACCGGCUCGCACAGAGACACGAACUUGUCUGAAGCCUCGGUUCUGUGCGGACGAACUCCUGAAAGGGCGACAAUAGAAACAGUGUUUUGAACUCCCUUCAGCUGAUUCCAUGUGUGCAGGCGGUGGUGGUCGAGUGUUUCUCUGCGUGUGGUGAAGAUCCACCAUAUUUAGGUGUGGGACGGGGAACUCUUGUUUUUGUGGAUUUUUUUUUAAAUAACUGAACAAAUCAAAGUUUUUUGUUGUGUGUGUGCCUGUGUGUGUGCGUGACCCUUACCUUCUCGUCAUUGUCGCCCUCUAGUGUUCGUUAACGACAGCCACCAGCAUGCUAACACCUACUGCCGCUAAUCUCUAUCCCAGGUGCAGUUUUACCUCAAUGUCUGCUUUUUAACUUAAAGAGCAUUAAACGUGGUGAAAGCAGCUCUGCGUGCGUGCAGCCCUUUAAAUCCUACGUCUUCCUCACGGCUAACGAGCUCUGUUAGCCUGGUUUCCACUGGAGGCCAAAUCAGAGCUAGCCAAUGCUAACUUUUUAACGUAGCUUCAAAACACAGUGGUCGGGGCUGUGAUUCAGUUUGGACACCAGCAGCUGUGAAGGAUAACUCGGUUGUGCAAAAUAUCAAGAGCCAAGUUAGCACACAUUAGCUUAGCAUAGCUUGGUAAGGGGCUAACACCAGCUAGUUAUAAUUAGCUGGUUGAUAAAGUUUUUAACGACUAAACCGUUGGUUAUUCUGGUUUGUUGGCUCAUGCUUAGCUUCGAACAUGUUCAGCUAAUUCCAUCCCUGCUCAGUAUUAUCCGCGCACUUUGAGUUAUCCUUGAACGGCUCUGGUUCAGUUUUAGC